AGUAUCCUCUCCACUUACACUGACUCACACACACACACACGCGCACACACGCACUUACUCAUACAAGUGCUCUCUAGGCGGCACACACACACACAUUCUCACUUCAGCUUUGCACAGGAUGUUACAAAAUCCUCCACCCUAUUGGUGAAACUUAGCGAAGGGUCGCUCGCUGCAUGGCAGUCGACACGCGCUCACUUUGCCUCGUCCGCUGGCGUUGACGUACCGCACAAGAGGAAGAAGAAGAAGAAGAAGUGAUGGCCACGACGGAGGAUGACCGAGAGGAGGUGAUGAUAAUGCGCGAGGAGGCGGAGGACGUCUUCUACGAGGACGGUGUGUCGUCGCGCAUCCCGGAGAUCAUGGCGGCCGCCGGGACGCACUCGCCGGGAGGGCCCAACGGCAUCAUCCGGAGUCAGUCGUUCGCCGGCUUCAGCACGCUGCAGGAGAAACGCUCGCGGUGUAACUCGUUCAUGGGCAACUCUGUGGCACAGAAGAAGCCCGCAUCCAAGCCCAAGAAGCCUCACUUGUCCGGCCACAAGGGCGGCGGCGGCGGCUCCCGCGAGCCUCAGCCCCAAAGAUUGGAGGACGUCUACACCGCGCUCAGACGAGGCCUGGAUGAAUAUUUGGAGGUGCACCAGACGGAGUUGGACAAGCUGAUGUUUCUCAUGAAGGACAUGAAGAGGAACUCGCGGCUGGGCGUGCUCUACGAUCUUGACAAGCAAAUCAAAGCCAUCGAGAGGUACAUGAGACGUCUGGAGUUUCACAUGAGCAAGGUGGACGAGCUGUACGAGGCCUUCUGCAUCCAGAGUCGGCUGCGCGACGGUGCCGGCCGCAUGAAGCAGGCCUUCACCUCCUCGCCCUCCACCAAGGCCACCAAGGAGAGCGUCGCCGAGGUCAACCGCCGCUACAAAGAAUACACCGAGAACAUGAGCGCCUUUGAGAGCGAUCUGGAGAACUUGCUCGGGGAAUUUCACAUCAAGAUGAAAGGUUUGGCAGGCUUUGCCCGCCUCUGCCCGGGAGACCAGUAUGAGAUCUUCAUGCGUUACGGUCGGCAGCGGUGGAAGCUGAAGGGCCGGAUCGAGGUGAACUCCAGGCAGAGUUGGGACGGAGACGAGAUGAUCUUCAUGCCGCUCGUCGGCGACUUCAUCAACAUCAAGGUGACGGAGCUGAAGGGCCUGGCCACGCACUUGCUGGUGGGCAGCGUCAUCUGCGAGACCAAGGAGCUGUUCACCGCCAUGCCGCAGGCGGUGGCCGUGGACGUCAACGACCUCGGCACCGUCAAGCUCAACCUGGAGGUCGCCUGGUACCCCUUCGACGUGGAGGACCUGACGCUGUCGUCGGGCAACGUGAGCAAGGCGGCGGCGCUGCAGCGGCGGGUGUCCGUCUACAGCCAGGGCACGCCCGAGACGCCCACCUUCCAGGACGCCGCCUUCUUUUCGACCCUACCGUACGACGUGUUUGAAAACGGCAGCUCGGCGGAGUGCCAGCGUCUGUCCUUCGCCUUCUCGGACGCGUCCAGCCCGAGCCCGAGCCCGGCGCCCAGCUCGCACUCGCCGGCGCCGUCCAACCCGGAGAUCACCGUCACGCCGCCCGACGCGUCGGCCUCGCCCUCCGGGCUGCGGGAGGGCUCCAUCGCCGAGGAAGACGAGGAGGGAGAGGGAGAGGGAGAGGGAGACGGCGAGACUGAUAGCGGCACGAGCGCCGGCCCGGAGGAGUCGGAGUGGGAACGGACCGAGUCCCGACGCGACGCCGUGGCGCCCGAGGACGUCUUCCUGGACCACUCGGACCGGCUCAAACCGGUCCAGUUGGACCAAGACGACGAGGACGACGGCGGCAACCUGACGCGGCAGCUCGUCAAGCGGCCGUCGUCGGGGGCGGACGAGGAGGGGGGCGGCGCCCCCGCGGAGGGCGGCGGCCUGGAGGACGCCGUCCACGGGUUGCUCCUGACGCUGGAGGCGCUGACGCAGCGAUGCCGAGAGCUGCAGGACUUGGAGCAGGAAGUCAUGCGGCUGGAGGACCUCUUGAAGUGCCGCCUGCCGGGCCGCAGGAGUCGCUCGUCCAGCCUCAGCCUGACGGUGGAAAGCGCGCUCGAGAGCUUCGACUUCCUCAACACGUCCGAUUUUGACGACGACGACACCGGAGACGACGCCGUCGUCCUCGCCGUGCCGCCGUUCGACGGUGAUGUUGAUAGGAUCGGGGGGCAGCACCCCGAGGCACGAGGUCACCUGAGCGAAGCCCUGACGGAGGACACGGGCGUGGGCAACAGCGUGGCGGGCAGCCCCUUGCCCCUCACCACCGGCAACGACAACCUGGACGCCGCCCUUGUGGUCCACCUGCAGUACUGCCAGCGCCUCAUCCAGGCGCUGAGCGGCGGCGCGAGCGCGUGGCGCCGGCGCGGCGUCCUCCGCAAGCUUUCGUCUCAGACGGCGCUACUGGAAGAGCUGGCCGAGGUCAUCGUGGACCACCCGGGGGCGCUGUCGUCCCCCGCCGAGGCGGUGCCGGGCCUGGCGGCGCGGCGAGGUCUGAUGGCGUCGUGGGCGGAGUGCAGCGGUUCUCCGGGACUCUUCCACACCACGCUCGACCGAGUGUUGAGUCACAUGACGCGGCGCUACCAGCAAACGCUAAUGGAGAAGUACCCGCAAAGCUGCCACGCAGUGAUCUCUUUGGUGGCGCGCGAGAUGGCCGACCGAAACGACGAGCCGGACGCGUCGGACGGGCCGAGGCGGGACGUCGUCACCGUGUUUCUGUUUCACGCGUACGUGGCGGAACAUCAAGUCGGCGACAUGGAGACGCACCUGCUGCACUUGGCCGAGGAGGAGUUGUUUACCGAGCGAUUGCGCGGCGGAAACGCCCGUCAGUGCAUAUCGGCGCUGCAGGAGGUGCCCGCGUGGCGCCUGUGGCCUCACAGCGCCACCCUGAGGACGCUGGCCUCGCUGCUGACCUCCGACGACCCCGGCGUCAGCGAGGCGGCCGCCGGCUACCUCGCCAACGCCGCCGCGCCGCCGCGCGCCCAUUUUAGGAACAAGGCGGUGGAGUGUUACACCGAGGCUCUGUCGGAGGCGAGCGUCCACAGCCAGAGAGCGGCGUGCGCGGCGCUCAGCUGCCUGCAGGCGGUGGAGAGCGUCCGGGCCGUGGCGGCGCUGUGCGACUCGGCCGACGAGGAGCUUCGCCACGUCGCCAUAGAAACCCUGCUCACGUUCGGCGAGGAAGGUCGUCUGGCUUACGAGCAACUGGACACGGUGCCGCGAGAAAUGAUUCGCUUGGGCGGGCGGCGGCCGAACGCCGUCACCACCGCCUUUUAAGACGCCAACGUGCCACGCCAGGAGGGUGGGGGAAAAAUCAUUUUAAAAAAUUUAAAAACUCGCAAACCGAAUCUCUGCACAACAUGCGCACAUGCACAAGUAUACAAUAAAUAUUUGGGGUCGAACUGGAGAGCACAAAGUUUCACUGGACUUAAUAGGAGCACACUGCACUUGUUAGUUCCUCACUUUUUCCACUUGUUACUGUGAAAGCGCAACUUUUUUUUUUUUUUUUUUUCUCUCUUUUCUCGAUAACACACUUUUGCACUUGUAAAUACGCCGCCAGUAUGUAUAUUUAAGUUUGUACAACGUUCUGUGUCGACUAUGGGUGCGUUUGUGUUUUUAUUUUUUGGGUGUGUAUGCGUGUUGUCGCGAAAAGGCGCCAAGUGGCGGUUGGGUUGAUUUGGUCUCCUUCAAUGUGCAGUUUUUCAAGUGCAAUUCUUCAUGGAAAGGUGAUUUUAUUUAUUAUUCACAAUGAUAUUCUCCUGCUGUAUAAAUUGCAGAGGACAUUAUGUGGAUUGUAUAUGUAUGUUCUCUGCUGAAUCAGGUGUGUUUUACUUUUAAAAAAAUCAUUAAAAAUAAGUUUGGCCUUUUGUUGAUUUAAUUGGAGUUAAUUUUUUAAAUAUUAGAUUUAUAUGCUGUAAAAAAUAUAUUUUACGUUAUGAUUGCAGAAAUUUAUUGUAAGCAAAGCAAUAAAAAAAUUAUUUUUUAAUGAGAAUGUAUUUCCAACUUAACUUUCAUUUUGGCCGCAAUCGUCACAUUUUAAAAGCACAACUAAAACAAGCCCUGCUUGAAAAGCCAUGUUACCUGAAAACGAGUGGUUCUAUUUUUAAGAAAUGUAUUUUGUAUAUUUGUUAAAUGUGUAAACUUCCAAGCUCAUUUUUUUUAAUAUAUACUUUUGCAAAGUAACAUUUUCCUCUUAAACAUGUAAAAACAGGCAUUACAGUAUUUUCUUUUUUUUAAAUGACUCAGUUGACCAGUGUUAUCAAGUGAUUAACUCCACAAUGUGUUCAUGUGUUAUAUUGACAAAAAGUCGCAGGGGAGGAUGCGGUUGGUUGUCGAGAUGGAUUCGAUUGGACGGACUGUAGAUGGCGCUAUUUGCUCGUUACAAGUUGCAAUAAAGUUUAUUUUUGCAUAAUUGUA